AUGGACCGACAUGCCAAUUCCACAACAAUUACAGAAUUCUUCCUCCUUGGAUUUCCAGGAGUUCUUCCAGAAUAUUACGCAGCAGUUGGAACCCUUCUUCUCUUCAUUUAUCUCACACUUUCAGGGGGGAACAUUUUCAUUAUUGCAUUUGUGUCUUAUGAAAAGAGCCUUCAGAAACCAUGCUACCUGAUCUUUUGUAAUCUCGCUGCAGUAGACUUUAUUUUUGGAACAGUCACAAUGCCUAAAAUAAUUGCAAAGUACCUGUUAAAAGAUGAAACUCUGUCAUUCCAUGCUUGCUUUGUACAAAUGUUUUUUAUUCAUUAUCUUGGGACUGUGACAUCUCUCACUUUGCUAUUAAUGGCUGCUGAUCGAUUUAUUAGUAUAUGUAACCCCCUCAGAUACCCUGCGAUUAUUACAAAUCAGUCCAGUGCAAUUGCAUGUGCAGUGUUCUGGGUAAUUCCAGUGGUGUGGUUGCCUGUGGUAGUUCAUCAGACCAUAGCUGUGCCCUAUUGUGACUCCAAUAUAAUAACACAAUGCUUUUGUGACCUAGCUUCAAUAACUAGACUGGCCUGUGGUGAUUUAAAGAGUAUUACAUUUUUUUCUUUUAGUAUAGCUAUGAUUGUGCUUUUGGGACCCCUUGCUUUCAUUAUAUUCUCCUACAUAGCAAUCAUCUUAACUGUCUUAAAAAUAUCCAAUGUUCAAGCAAAGUACAAAACAUUCUCCACGUGUAGUCCUCAGCUUCUUAUCAUAUGCCUUUACUAUCUGCCACGAUGUGCUGUCUAUAUUACUGAUGUAAAGGUUCAAAUGAACUUUGCUAAUCGCAUUAUGGUGAUUAUGUGGUAUAGUCUGUUUCCCCCUCUUGUUAAUCCAAUGAUAUUCUGCUUUCGAACUAGGGAAAUUCGAGAAUCUGUCAUGAUGAAGCUGAGAAAAAUUCACAAUGAUCAACUGAAAGCUCCCUGA